AUGUCGGCUGAACAAAUUUGGUGUUGUUCUUGCAUAGGGGAAGCUCCCAGUAGUCAAUCGUACUUGUUAAUAGAUACCCAAUGUCCUUUCUGCUGCUAUCAGUCAUGGAUGUAUUGCCACCGUAAUAUGGUGGUCCACAGAGAUCUUAAACCUGAGAAUCUGCUAUUGGAUGCCAAAUGUAAUGUGAAAAUUGCAGAUUUUGGUUUGAGUAAUAUCAUGCGUGAUGGACAUUUUCUCAAAAAAAGUUGUGGAAGUCCAAAUUAUGCAGCCCCUGAGGUUAUAUCUGGGAAACUAUAUGUUGGGCCCGAGGUAGAUGUAUGGCGCUGUGGUGUUAUCCUGUAUGCUCUUCUUUGUAGGACCCUUCCUUUUGACGACGAAAACAUUCCCAACCUUUUCAAGAAAAUUAAGGGUGGAAUAUAUACCCUUCCCAGUCAUUUGUCACCCGGUGCUAGAGAUUUGAUUCCAAGGUAUGGAGAUUUAUACACAGACAAGAAUGUUGCCAUUAGUUGUAUACACACCCAUGCUGGCCCUGGAGGUUAUCUGCAAUAUGUGGUGUAUAUUGUUACAUCUUUAGGAUUUGUACGCCAAUCAUUUGAUGUAAUAGUUGAUGGCAUUGAACAAAGUGUCAUUCGUGCUCAUGAAAACCUUCAUCCUGGAUCAGUUUUUGUAAACAAAGAAAGGGCAAAAUACAAGUAUGAUGUGGAUAAAGAAAUGACACUUUUGAAGUUUGUAGAUGAUCAGUGGGGUCCAGUGGGUGCCUUUAACUGGUUUGCUACUCAUGGAACUUCAAUGAGUCGUACGAAUGAGUUAAUCAGUGGGGACAACAAAGGAACAGCUGCACGCCUCAUGGAAGAUUGGUUCAAUCAGAAAAGUGUUAGUGAAAACCCACGAAGAGUCUCCAAUAUUGUUCAAGUUUCACAAACAAAUCAUACUGGGUUACCCUGUGAUUUUAAUCAUAGUACUUGUGGUGGGAAGAAUGAGUUGUGUUAUGGAAGAGGACCAGGACACCUAGAUGAAUUUGAAAGCACGCGUAUAAUUGGGGAGAGGCAAUUCAAGAAAGCUGCUGAUCUUUUUAACAAUGCUGCUGAAAAAAUAACUGGAAAGAUUGAUUUUCGUCACAGUUAUUUGGAUUUUUCACAGCUUGAGGUGAAAAAAGGAGGGAAUGAGAGUGUUAAAACAUGUCCUGCUGUCAUGGGAUUUGCAUUUACAGCUGGAACAACUGAUGGGCCUGCGGCUUUUGAUUUUAAGCAAGGGGACAACACUGGGAAUCCAUUUUGGAAAUUGGUGAGGAACUUGCUAAAAACGCCAAGUCAGGAGCAAAGUGAGGCACACAUUAGGAAGAGUCCUUGA